AUGGAUUCAGAUAUCCCCGCUGACAAAAUGCAGGAGAUGGAAACGCAGCUCGCUAUGCUGCUCGAGGGCCAGCGGCAGACAAUGAAGUUGCUGGACCGGUGCUUCAGCCGCUGCAUUGACGUACCUGGAAACUCGCUGACUUCUACCCAGCAGCAGUGUGUCAGCAACUGCACCAAGACGUACUGGCAGGCUUCUAUGUUUUGCACAGAGCGAUUGCGGGGUUUGGCUGAGAAGGAGCUCCAGGCCCAGGGGGGUGCGUCUGGGUUUUCUCAGUGA